CGACUCAGGAAUAAAGACGCUUCCGACUGCGAAGCGCUUAGCAACCACCGGCUUCCUUCUCCGCUUGGCCACCUCCAAGAUCCUCUUCCGGGGCAAGAGGUCGUCCCGCGUCUGCUCCAAGAUGGCGAGCGGCGGCAGUGGGGGGGUUUCGGUGCCUGCGCUUUGGAGUGAAGUGAACCGUUAUGGCCAGAACGGCGACUUCACGCGCGCUCUCAAAACCGUCAACAAGAUACUGCAGAUCAACAAGGAUGAUGUAACUGCCCUACACUGUAAAGUGGUGUGCCUUAUCCAGAAUGGAAGUUUCAAGGAAGCCUUGAAUGUCAUCAAUACUCACACCAAAGUGUUUGCCAAUAACUCUCUUUCCUUCGAGAAGGCAUACUGUGAGUACAGGCUGAACAGAAUUGAGAAUGCCUUGAAGACAAUAGAAAGUGCCAACCAGCAGACAGACAAACUAAAGGAGCUUUAUGGACAAGUGUUGUACCGAUUAGAACGCUAUGAUGAAUGCCUGGCUGUGUAUAGAGAUCUUGUCCGAAACUCUCAAGAUGAUUAUGAUGAGGAGAGAAAAACAAACCUUUCAGCAGUUGUUGCAGCUCAAAGUAACUGGGAAAAAGUGGUUCCAGAGAACUUGGGUCUCCAAGAAGGCACACACGAACUGUGCUACAAUGCUGCAUGUGCACUGAUAGGACAAGGCCAGCUGAACCAGGCAAUGAAAAUCCUGCAAAAAGCUGAAGAUCUUUGCCGCCGUUCAUUAUCAGAAGACUCUGAUGGGACUGAAGAAGACCCACAGGCAGAACUGGCCAUCAUCCACGGGCAGAUGGCCUAUAUUCUGCAGCUUCAGGGUCGUACAGAGGAGGCUUUGCAACUUUACAAUCAGAUAAUAAAACUAAAACCAACAGAUGUAGCAUUGCUAGCUGUGAUUGCAAAUAACAUCAUUACAAUUAACAAGGACCAAAAUGUCUUUGACUCUAAGAAGAAGGUGAAAUUAACCAAUGCAGAAGGAGUGGAGUUUAAGCUUUCCAAGAAACAACUGCAAGCUAUAGAAUUUAACAAAGCUUUACUUGCUAUGUACACAAACCAGGCAGAACAAUGUCGCAAAAUAUCUGCCAGUUUACAGUCCCAAAGUCCUGAGCAUCUCCUUCCUGUGUUAAUCCAAGCUGCCCAGCUCUGCCGUGAAAAGCAGCACACAAAAGCAAUAGAGCUUCUUCAGGAAUUUGCAGAUCAGCAUCCAGAAAAUGCUGCUGAAAUUAAGCUGACCAUGGCACAGCUGAAAAUUUCCCAAGGUAAUAUUUCCAAAGCAUGUUUGAUAUUGAGAAGCAUAGAGGAGUUAAAGCAUAAACCAGGCAUGGUGUCUGCAUUAGUGACAAUGUACAGCCAUGAGGAAGAUAUUGACAGUGCCAUUGAGGUCUUCACACAAGCUAUCCAGUGGUAUCAAAACCAUCAGCCCAAAUCUCCUGCUCAUUUGUCCUUGAUAAGAGAAGCUGCAAACUUCAAACUCAAAUAUGGACGGAAGAAGGAGGCAAUUAGUGACCUAGAACAGCUAUGGAAACAAAAUCCAAAAGAUAUUCACACACUGGCACAGCUUAUUUCUGCAUACUCACUUGUAGAUCCUGAGAAGGCAAAAGCCCUUAGUAAACACUUGCCUUCAUCAGAUAGUAUGUCUCUAAAAGUAGAUGUUGAAGCCCUUGAAAAUUCUCCUGGUGCUACAUACAUUCGGAAGAAGGGUGGAAAAGUUGCUGGAGAUAGUCAACCAAAGGAGCAAGGACAGGGAGAUUUGAAAAAAAAGAAGAAAAAAAAGAAGGGAAAACUGCCUAAAAAUUAUGACCCGAAAGUGACCCCAGAUCCAGAAAGAUGGCUACCAAUGCGUGAACGUUCUUACUACCGAGGAAGGAAGAAGGGUAAAAAGAAGGAUCAGAUUGGAAAAGGGACUCAGGGAGCAACUGCAGGAGCUUCAUCUGAACUGGAUGCCAGUAAAACUGUGAGCAGCCCACCCACCUCCCCGAGACCUGGCAGCGCAGCAACAGCAUCUACAUCUACAAGUAAUAUCAUACCCCCAAGACACCAGAAACCUGCAGGGGCUCCAGCAACAAAAAAGAAACAACAACAGAAAAAGAAGAAAGGUGGAAAAGGUGGUUGGUGAUUAGAACAUUCUUUUUGCAGGCUAUUUUUAAACUAGUCUCAGUGACACUGGGAACAUAAUAAAGGUAACACAGCAAGAAGCACAGAGCUGCUCCCUCUCCCAUCCCCACAUUUUCAUAAAAUUAUUUUCUUGUGCAUCAAACAGAAAAGCAUCUUCCUCAAACUCUGCCCAGUCAGACUUGGCCUACUUGUACCACCUUGCUUUGCACAGAUGAGGAGGGCUCAGAAUAGUUGGGCAUUUACCCACUUUGAUAUCUGUUGCAUCCUUUCUCUUUGUGUGCUGAUCUGCUGUUUUUUUCAAUUUCACAAACAAGGCAUGUUAUCCAAGGUUUCCUAGGACAUAAACAGAAACUACUUGUUUCAACUAGAGUGCAAAGAUAUUUGUUCUAUCAAGUCCCACUUUAAAUUAUGUCUUAGGAGGCCUUAGGAGACUGAAAGUGGAGUCUUCUGAGCAUUCCAAAUAUCUGCUUAGAAAUAGCAUGUAAUAAAAAGGGACCUUAUUAAUACACUGGUAUUUUUCAGUUCACCACAUGAGUGGCCACAGGAAAACUAACUUAAAUAUCUUGAUUAUUCUGACUGUAAAUUCUCUCUGCCAUGUGAUACUGGAAUAUGAGAUGCUAUAUAUA